AGCCCUGCACGUUGGCUACGGAGCCGGGCGCCCAGUUGUCCGCCUCCACCUCCAGGUCCAGGAAGUCAUUAUGUGACUAACACAUUUUCAGAUUUCCUCUCAUUUACCCUGAAGUGUAUAUGAGAAUGACGUGCACUGCCAAGAAAUGGGGAAUUAGGCUUCAGCCUCCAGCUAUUAUCCUAAUCUAUGAGAAUGAAAUGAAAGGGAAAAGUCGCCAGCGCAUCAUGCCUGUCCGAAACUUUUCAAAGUUUUCAGAUUGCAACAGAGCUGCUGAACAAUUAAAGAAUAAUCCACGACACAAGAGUUACCUGGAACAAGUGUCCCUGAGACAGCUUGAGCAAUUAUUCCGUUUUUUACGAGGUAACUUGCGGGGGCAGAGUUUGGCAGAAACAAUGGAACAGAUUCAACGGGACACAGCCAUUGAUCCUAAGGAAGACCUGAACAGACCUAAGCUAGAUGACAAGGAACUUGCCAAAAAGAAGAGCAUCAUGGAUGAACUUUUUGAGAAAAAUCAGAAGAAGAAGGAUGAUCCAAAUUUUGUUUAUGGCAUAGCAGUUGAGUUCCCUCAGGAUGAACAACUGCAGUCCUGUGGCUGGGACACAGAGUCAGCUGACAAGUUCGGAUAUCAAAACAAAAAAUUUAUUGGGCUAGCAGAAACUCCAUGUUCAUACAGAGAAUGUAGAUUAGUCCUAGAAAAAUCUGUAAAGAACACUAAAUGUCUCAACAUCAAGUGUGCACAGCCUUCAGCAUUUAUUCCAGAAGACUUUUUAGCACCUAUUGCGAUUCUGUGA